GUUACAUGACUUUGACGAGGUUAUUCACACCAGCGCUACCUUGUUGAUUUCUUAAACAACAACUUGUACACACAAGUUUCAGCUGAUCACAAUGGGAGGUCUUGGUUUAUUAUAAUGACUCAACGUGAUGUAUAUGGGCGUGCGUCUGCACUAAUCUCUCCACUUCACUCUCUGGCUUCAAGUGAUCACUGAGGGAGUUGCCUUCAAUAACGGUCCAACAGCUCCAGCAUCCUAAAGCAGAAAAGAUAAGGUUCUGUUGUGAAAUAUGCAGAUGUGUACUGUGGUCAGGAUGAUGUGCUAUACUGCAUUUGCCACAUUGUUCCUGUUGGGUGUUGCUACUGGCCAGACUUCCCUUCAGAUUUCUUCCUGCUUGACUAAGGAGCAAAACCUGGAGAUGUACUGCAAGUUCACUCCAGCUUCAGGCUCCAGCCUCCCGAAGACUUGCUACUACAUGACGGAGAGUGAGUUGAUUGCCAGUACCAACAGCAGCAGCAUCCCAAACCCCACCUUCAAGAACCGUGCCAAUAUCUCCAUUGUCGACAACACAUGCAAGCUGUCAUUGAACGGUUUCUCGGCAGACAAACCCAAAAACUACACUUGUUUCAUCAAACAGACUGCCUCACCAGUGUCAGUCUCUGCAACUGUGGAUAAGAGUAAGCUUCAGACCUGUUCUGGCUGGUGUGUUGUUCAGCACAGUGGAGCAGCACUCCUGCUAGCUAUCCUUACUUUCCCACUCUUGUCAGAGCUUCUUUGAGCAUAGAAUGGAUCUCUCUAUACCAGUGUUUCUCAACCACAUUCCUGGAGGCCCACCAACCCUGCACAUUUUGCAUGUCUCCUUAAUUAAACACACCUGAUUAGGGUUAUCAGCUCAUUAGUAGUGAC